CUUCGACAGUAGGGGUGAUUCUGUCUCAACGCUCUACCAUACAGUGGAUAUAAAAAGUCUACACACCCUAAAGACGUAAAGACAGAAAUAACAACAAUUUAAAUGUCAGACUUGUUCCAUCUUUAAUGUGAUCUUCCAACAAACAAAAAUCCAGAAGAAAAAAAAAAGAAAACAUUAUUAGGACAUUUUUAAAUAAAAAAAAACCCAUCACACCCUGAUUGCAUAAGUCUGCACACCCUUUCAUAAUGGGGGCUCUAGCUGUGUUCAAAGUUAACCAAUCACAUUCAAAAUCAUGCCUGUAGGUAAAUAGCAUACACCUGCCAUCAAUGAAAGUGAUUCUGAUUAAAACCAAAUUCAGCUGUCAGCUGUUACUGUAGUAUUUGCUUGAAUGUUUAGUGUUGCAUCCUACUGGGAGAGCCAUGGACCGCAAAGAGUUACCAAAGAAACUGCAAGAUCUAAUUGUUGAAAAGUACGAAUCAGGAGAGGGAUAUAAAAGAAUAUCGAAGGCAUUACAUGGUGGUGGUAGCAUCAUACUUUGGGGCUGCUUCUCUUCAGCUGGGUCAGGGGCUCUUGUUAAGAUAGACGGGAUAAUGAAUAGCUCCAAAUAUCAAGAUAUUCUGGCACAAAACCUUCUGGCCUACACAAUUCCUGGAAGCUGAAAACAUCCCAGUUCUUGCAUGGCCUGCAUACUCACCGAACAUGUCACAAUUGAGCAUGUUUGGGAUGCUCUGGAUCGGCGUAUACGACAGCGUGUUCUAGUUCCAGCCAAUAUCCAGCAACUUCGUACAGCCAUUGAAGAGGAGUGGACCAACAUUCCACAGGCCACAAUCAACAACCUGAUCGACUCUAUGUGAAGGAGAUGUGUUGCACUGCAUGAGGCAAAAGAAAGUCAAGAGGGCGAAAGCUGACCAUGAGAUUGGUGCUGGAGAAAUUGGAAAGGAACCUGAAUCUGAAAAUAUCCUGGCUGAGUUUAAAACUACCAACGUCUUGAGUUUUUCUGCCCGGGAGAAAAGCAUCUUCAUCCACGGAAAGCUUGCUGAUCAGGAUGCUGUAGUUAUCCUGGAGAAGACUCCUAUCACAGAAGACUCCCUGGCUGAACUCUUCAGUGACUCCAGGCUGAAGCUGGAUAUGAGGAACGACAUCUAUAGUACAUAUCGGUUACAGGCUCCCCCUCAACUUAAUGAGAUCAAGACUACAGUUGUGUGUCCAGCCACAGAGAAGCAUGUAAAAAAAUACCAGCGGCAGGAGACUUUCCUGGUGGAGGAGACGGGAGAGGACUAUCAGUCCAUCACCUUGCCUUACAUUCAGAAGCAGAGUUUAAGCAUACAGUGGGUAUACAACAUCUUGGAGAAGAAGGCAGAGGCUGAGAGGAUAGUUUAUGAAGAUCUGGACCCAGAUGUUGGCUUUGUCCUCCUCCCAGAUUUCAAAUGGGACCAGAAACAGGUUGAUAAUUUGUACCUGAUUGCCAUAACGCAUCAGAGAGGCAUCAGGAGUCUCAGAGACCUGACGUCAGAGCAUCUCCCCCUGCUGCACAACAUCUUCCAGAAAGGAAAGGCGGCCAUCCUUCAGCGCUACAGCCUUCCAUCCAGUAAGUUGAGAGUCUACCUGCACUACCAGCCCUCCUACUACCACCUCCACGUCCACUUCACCAAACUGGGCUACGAGGCGCCGGGCUGCGGUGUGGAGCGGGCCCACCUCCUCGCAGACGUUAUCCAAAACCUCCAGUCUGACCCAGAGUACUACAGAACCCGGACCCUCUACUUCCCUCUGCGGGCAGACGAUGAACUGCUCAGCAAGUUCAAGGAGGCAGGGAGGCUGUAAUGUACUUUCAUGCACUUCUUAGUAGAUCCCAUCCAAGCUGUGUGUUUUUACAUCAUCUUUACGUUUUUAUCAGUUUGGUGGCCAAAUUAAUUAUAAAUACAAUGAAGUAUUUCACACUUCCACUGAUUAAUAAUCACCAACAUUUUCUACACAUUUGUACAUGUUUCAAGGAGUCUUCCGCAAGUUGUUUUUUGUAGUAAUUUUCAUAUUCUUGCUUUCAUUAUGAGAAAAGGAGAAAACAUAGGAGUGGAUGUGGCAUUCAUUUUCUUUUUAUAUGUUAACUGAAUUAAAAAGUAGUUUCUCUCAA